UCUGAUUGGCCCGGAGCUGAGCAAGCGUCGCGCCCGGAGCGGAAGUGAUUACUGGGAGGUUUUUGCAGCUGUGAUGAUCCAGAGGAGGAUGUGUGAACUGAAAGAUAACAGACGUUUUAACGGCUUUUAACAAAAAUAAACACUUUUAGAGCAGGUGGGAGACUCAGGGAGGGCCACGGCGAUGAUUUUAGCGGGAUAUCUGCCGUUUAUGGCGAUCUUUUCAUCGGUCUUAGCGGCAAAACCCGGAGGGGACGAUGACUGGGUUCAUCUGCCGAACAAAUGUGAAGGUAAGAGGGACUGUUAGGGGUUCAAAAGAGGGUCUGAGGACAUUUAGGGAGACUUAACAAUCUAUAGAGACUAAUAAAGGUCAUUUAAUGAGGAUUCCUGUUGAAAAAGGCCGUGAAUUUUUCUGAAUAGAGGUGUUUAUUUUGCACCACCUUUGUUUACAUGUGAUAUUGUUAUACGUAACUACAACAUAUUUCAUUAUUUUCAUCCAAAUAAUCUUAACUUUACGUUUACGGUGUUUAAUCUGUUUAAUCUGUAAAUAUGUUUCACAAAGUCCCGAAAAAAUCAGAAAAAUAGCAGUAAAAUAACAUCGAAAAGCUCUUUUCCAGCAGCCGCUUCAGGCCGGUACAUUACAAACUACAGCGGGGUGCCGCAGCUCAAGGAAGAACAUUUAUGAUCAUUCCUUCAUGGAAAUACAAUCAGACCGAGACGCUAAGGCAGAAGAACUACCGCGUCUGCAGUGAAAAAUGAUUAAUAUGAUGAUUAUAACUUCAAGGAAAUGAUAAAGAAAUGAUCAUAAAUGUUCUUCCUUGAGCUGCGAAACCCCGCUGUUGUCCGUAAAGGACUGGCCUGAGGUCUCCUCAAGGAGGUGUCUAACUGACCCUAAAUUAAUUUUACACCGGAAUAUCCCUUUAUGUUCUCGAUCAGAGUUGACCCAGAAGAUGAUCCGCUGGUGUCAUAGUUGGUGGACAUGUUGAGACAGAGGCGUUGCUUUUCGUUCUCUAAAUUGAAGCGUACAGCAUGAAUGAUUCUGCCGUUUUGUGGAGCUGCAGGUCGUAUUAUUUUGUCGUUUCAGUUACAAACAGGGCUUCCAAAAGUCUGUCAUGUAAGAUUGAACAAAAUGCUUCCGACAAUUUCAGGUCAGUGGAAGCAAAACUGGAAACAAAAACACUUUUUUGCCCGGUUCUGUUCUGAUUCGCGGAAUAGUCAAAUGGAGCGUGUUGUUUGAGCGCAUGAAUAAGAAAGAGCUAAGCUAAGAAGAACCUUAUAAAUUAGAGUCAUCCAGCGAGCGUACCUGCGAGUACUCAGAAAAGGUCAGACAGACUCGGCAUAAAGUUUGCAACGAUGCGUUAGGCGACUACAACCAGUAACAAAUCUCAGCGCACAGUGAUAGACAGGUGUAAAAAGUCGUAGAAAGCUCGUGAUCGACAAGAAAGCCGGGAUAUUUAUACACAGAUACAAACUCAGUGGGAACACCCUGUGAAGUUAAGGUAACUCACUAUUGCGCGAAAAUACCGUGAGUUUGGUUUUAUUCGCGUUCAAGACCAGUUUGCAUUAAAUGUAUUCAAUGAGGCUGAAAACAUCCGUUUUCGUCCUCUGGUGGUGACUUUUUCUGCCCAGCUGUUUUUUGUUUUGGUUCUGUGGUUUUAAACGAGAGUCUGACAGCAUCAGGAGGAGGAAAAAUCUCCAAGUAAGGACUUAGAGAAGAAACCUCUCCAUCAUUGGUGGACUAAACUGGCUCUGGUCUCUUCCUCUUCAGUGUGUAAAUUCGUCAGUAUUGAGAUGAAGUCGGCCUUCCAGGAGACGGGGAAGACAAAAGAAGUCAUCGACAGGAACUACCGCUUCAUUGACAGCAAGGGGGCGCCGCCAAUCCCAUACGUCAAAUCGUAAGUGUUUGUUGUCUUUUCGUCUUUUGUCUCCCGCUGUUUGAUGUGAAACUUCUGGGUAUAAAUAAUGGAGAAAGCGUCUUUGUGAAGCUUCAGAGCAGGAAUUAAACCUCCGCUCUGCCGUCUCCGGAGGGUUCUGGAUCUCUCUCUGUCAAACAGGCGGCAGGGGACAGGAACUUGGUCAGGUCUCAGUUCCUGUGGAGGAACUUUUUAUAGAACAGGGAAGCUGCAGAGCGGUCGGUGGAGGGGGUGUGAUCGCAGCCGUCAGUCAGUGGAAACUCAUUUAGCUGCAUGUGAGAUAAAGAAACCUUCAGCAGCAUCAUUUCCUACAAAAAAAACACUCAAACUGAACCCCAGAGGUCGAGGCACAUGAGGCUGAAACUGUUCUGGAUGUCUGAUGAGUUCAAUGUCCAAAUAUCCAGAUGACGUGACGUGAAGCUCUGACUCUUCCUCUGUGGUUUCUCCUCUUUCUGUCUCUCUCUCUCUCCGCAGAGACCUGAGAUUCAUCGAGGUUGUAGAAAAUGUGUGUCAGAGGCUGUUAGAGUACAACCUGCACAAAGAGAGGUCUGGGAGUAACCGCUUCGCCAAGGUCAGUCUGUGUGUGUGUGUGUGUGUGUGUGUGUGUGUGUGUGUGUGUGUGUCUGUGUCUGUGUCUGUGUCUGUGUAUGUCUGUUUCACUUUGACAUUGAGUUUUCAGGGACUCCUGGAUGUGACUGUCAGUGCUGCUUUUAUCGACUUCUCUCUUUUAUUUUGACAGAAUGUUGCCGACCGCUUGCUUCUCCAGUUAUACCAACUUUAGUAACGACCGCAUAAUAGCAAUACACAGCGGUCUGAGGAGCCAUAAACAAACCUCAACCAAGACGCCACUCUAUAGCCACAAAUAAUGCUCAGAACAGCACCUAACUUCAUCAACAGGACAUAUAGGGUCACAGCCAUAGUACUAGACACCAAACAUCUUUUUAACUUUGACUCAUUUCUUCAGCGAAGAGACUAAACACAACUCACCUACUCUCUUCCAGCAGCCGCUUGUUUGUAGCAAGACCUCAGGCCAGUCCAUUAUGGACUACAGCGGGGUUUCGCAGCUCAAGGAAGAACAAGGAAGAAUAUAGUAUGAUACAAAGUAUAGUAUUUUAAAAAUUUCAAAUUUUACUGUGAACAAAAAGUCAUAUUAGAGUGUGGAAAUUAAUGUCAUUGUAUAGUUUGUAAAAAAUUUCAAGUUUGAGUGCAAAUUUUUUUUUUUGUAUUUUAUUAAAAAAAAAACUGUCAUAGUGUGUUUUUUUAAUUGAAAAUUUGAAUGUGAAAAAAAAAUCAUAUUUUGAUAUGAAAAAAAUGCAGUAGUAUAGUACGAUAAAAAUGUCAAGGCAUAGAAUUUUAAAAAUUUGGUGAAAAGAAAAAUAUAUAUUUAGUAUGAAAAAAUGUAGUAUAUUGUGUAAAAAAAUUCCAAAUUUCACUGUGGAAAAAAAUUCAUAUUAAGUAUGAGAAAAAAAGCCUUAGUACAGUAUGAUAAAAAUGUCAUAGUAUAGUAUGUUAAAAAAUUCAAAUUUAAGUAAAAUUUAAGCCGUUUUCAUUCAUUUCAGUUCCAGGAUUUUCAAUUCCUUUACUGUAUAAAAAAAAUGUCAACGUGGAUUAGCAGCGGAAACAAAUCUCCAAAAUUUCUCAGACACUGAACGUCAACACAAAAAUAUUGUUGCUGUCUUAAAUCCGACCAGCAGAUGUGUGUGUGUGUCCUGUAGGGUAUGUCAGAGACCUUCUCCACCCUCCACGGUCUGGUGAAUAAAGGCGUGAACGUGGUGAUGGACAUCCCCUACGAGCUGUGGAACGAGACUUCAGCGGAGGUGGCGGACCUGAAAAAACAGGUGUUUAACUUUUCUUUAAUACAAUGUGACAAGAUUAAUACAAACUGUUUAUUUUAACGUUUAAUUUCAUGAAGGACUUUUACAACAUUUAACACUUAGACAUGAAUCAUUGCUGGACUAAAUAUCGACUCUGUGCUCAUGUGUGUUUGUUUCAGUGUGACGUGUUGGUGGAGCAGUACGAGGAGGUGAUUGAGGACUGGUACAAAGGGAGUCAGGAGGAGGACCUGACCAUUUACCUGUGUGAGAAACACGUCCUGAAAGGGCAAGACGCAGGUGAGACUCCACUCCCUCUUUCUGCUCUUUUUCUCCUCAUUGGAUGGUAUUUCCAUGAACAGGUUUAGAAUUCAGGAUAUCCAAAUCCAACUGAGGCUAAAUUUGUGUUGAUUUUGUCGUUUUGAUGUCCUCCCUUCUCUCCUUGUCUUUUCCCUCCAGCCUGCCUGAAAGAGGAGGGGUCGAAGCUGAAGAAAGGAGACCAGGCAGCCAUCGCGGAGGACAAGAAGAAGAAGAAAAAGAAGAAGGGAGGGAAGAAGGGGAAGGGAAAGAGCGAGGAGGGAGAGGAGGGAGGCGACGGCAGCUCGGACGGGGAGAAGACGACGACGAAGAAGAAGAAGAAGGACAAGGUGAAGAAGAAGAAAAAGAGCAAAGCUCCCGUGGAGAAGACGGAGGGAGGAGGGGCGACAUCGGACGAGGACAUCCAGCCUCAGGUACCUUUGUCUGGGCAGAAGACAGAGCUGUGAGUCCUGGUUCCUGUCUGGACCUGGAUCAGGUCUCUGUAAUGAAAGUAAACUCUUAGUAAAGCUGCUUCUUUAAACAUCUUCAACUGCCGAUAAAUCGGAGGUUCAUCUGGAACUGUUACUCGAGUUUUUAAGCUUCUGUUUUUGUUUUUGAAACAUGUUACAGGUUAAAAAGUGAAACUUAUAUUUAAUUCUUUCCUCUAAAAUUGAUUUUAAGUUAUUUUCUUUGUUUUGGCGCUUCAUCUUUAAAAGUCAAAAGCAAAUUUUAACCCUAAAAACUCGACUUUGUCACCGUCAAAUCUACAAAACCCUUUACAACGACACAUUUCAGUCAUUUUUAAAAACUAAAAUCAACAUUAUCCAUGUCACCUGACAUCUUUAGAGUCACGAUUUCUUCUUGUUUAAUGGUUUUUCACCAAAUUUUGGAACCGGCCUCUAGUGGACACUUGAAGAACUGCAGCUUUUAAACUCUGAUUCUCGUUCCUGCAUCCGUUUGUCAACGCCGCCGGUUGCCUCUCGCUCAGUACUCGUGUUAAAAGUUUUUUUUUUUUUACAUCUUAUCGACAUAAUUCAAUCCAGAAAUAAUCGAAAACGUAAAAUCAUUAACGUGGCGCUUUGCUAUAAGAAGUCUGAAAUUAUUCCAGCUCUCUCAUUGGCUAAAACGGCUGCUUGUUUAGACCUCAGAUGACUUUUGAAGGACCUUCAAUGAGGAGUUUCAAAUCUGUAAGGGCGUUUCAUUUUUCCUUUUCCGCUCUGUGAAUGUAUCCGUCGUUUUGCAGUUAAACUCGGUGUGAAUAUUUUUUUUAAUCUCUUCUUUUUUUUUUUUGAAAGUCAUGUUCUUUUACUUUUGAAGGACCAUUGCGGAUGUUCAGAUUGUGAUGCCUGAGACGGUUUGUGUAUUUUGUACUCGUACGUUGAUGCUGAAAGGGAAUUGCGCUUUAGACACCUGAAGUUCAUCAUGAGGUACUUGUGUUUUUUUUUAUGUCAGUGAUUUGUUUUUGUAUAAUUGUUUCUCGAUCAUUCCUCUGUUCGUAUGUGCUGUAAAAAGCUGCUAUUUAACGUGUGUAUUUGUGAGUUUGUGCGUUUGUGCGUGCCUGUUGACUCCCUAGUUAAAGAUGAAGUUUCAAGUGUGUGCGUGUGUUUUGCAACUUGAAUGUGUGUGUUUUUACAGAUUUUUAUUCUGGAAUAAAAUGCUGGUUGUGUUGAACUGGAGCAGCUUUUUGAAACCAUGAGCUGAAUGCAUCACUGGAUCAAUAAAAAUGGGUAAUAAAACACUGUAAACUUCCUGAGUGGCUUA